GUCCCGACUUCAUUGCUUACCGGAAGCCCAUCUUUUGAAGACUGCAAGCAAAAUGUCAGAUUCCAAUACCGAGGCUGAAAGUUCCACUGAAACCCCAGCUCAGACUACCCGUAAACGAUCUCCCCCAUUUUCUCGGGCAGAAUUCAUUUUCUUAGUGGCAUACAUGGAAGAAAGGGAAUAUGGCUUUGGCGAAAGAGGCUCAAUCAACAGCAAUAAAGCCAGCAUUUUACAGGACUUAGUCUGUGAAAUGGAGAAAAAGUUUGGAGUCACACAUUCGGAGCGUCAAAUACAGAAACGCUACUCGGAUUUAAAAGUUAGAGAGAGGGACACCUACGAAAGCAUCAAGCGCAAGAUAGCUAGAGAUAAAGCCAAAGCACCCAUCCAACCUACCAGACUGGAAAGGCUCGAACUUGCAGUGCAAGACCCUACCCCGGUGACCAAUGAUGCCCAGGGUGCAUCCCAAAGUGGCGAAGAAUUGAUCACCCUAACUUUGGAACCCAUUCCAGACGACCCCAUGAGUUCCUCCAGUCAAGGGCCAAAUAUCCCUCAAAGCUUUGAUGCCCAUCUUGCCGAGAUGGAAGGCAGAAUUCAAAGCAACCUUGACAUGCUACAGUCUAAGCUGGAAUCUAUGGGUGAAAACAUUGAUAAACAUCUCUGCCAUUUAGAGAAAUCAGUGGAAACCCUAAUUCAGAAAUCAAUCCUGAUGGAUUAAUAUUUUGUAGCCCCACGCCCCUAACUCCAAUUUUUUUGUUUAACAGGCAAAAUUAGGGUAGGUUCUCAAUACAUUUUGUAAAUACUG